UGUAGUCAUGCGGAUAGAGAUAUUUCAGAGGUAUUGAGAUUUCACCUCUUGUUAUGAGAUACUCCUCCCAUGUUUUUGGUUCUGGAGAGCAAAUAGAAGCGACAUCCAUCUUGUACACUCGGUUCAUUGACAUAGUGAAAGAGCCUGGUUAUUCUUUGCACUACUUGGUGCGUUGAUAUGAAUAUUGGGUUUUCACAAUAGCAUGAAUUUGGACCUUUUUUUUCAUUUUUUUCCUCCACCCAUUAUUUCUUUUUUGUUUUUGGCGGUUGGGGUGGGGGGAGAGGGUUGUUUAUAGGUUAAGACUUUAGUACUGCACUUGACAUUGAUAAUUGCUGCAGUCCACAGCUGGGAAGAAUAAUUUUUAUGUUGAAGAAACUAAUUUUGAUUCUGUCGUUUAGGGGAAAGCGCAAAAUGAACGUGAAUGUCCUUUAAGUUGAUUUGUACAACCACUUAUAAUCUCUCUUCCUCCUCCAAAAAGAAACUUUAAUUCAAAAACCAACUGCGUUAUUCAAGUGUUCUUUCCUAAUGGAAGCAGAAGAAGAAGAGUUGGGUGAGCUCUGUUCAGAAAUUCUCAAGAACUGGUCCUCUCCCAUUUACCCUGACUUGGUCGACACCUCUCUUCACCCAAAUCCCUUCUCCCACCAUUACCAUCAUCGACAAAUACCGAACCUUGAGUAUCAUAAAACUGAAAACACCAUAAAUGAUAAAGUAGAUACAGUCUCCGAUGAUCCGCUACAAUUAUCAUUAUGUCCGGCCCAACCCAACAAAACCUUAUCAUCCUUUACUAAUGAAAUCUCAACGUCCGAACCUAAGUAUGACUAUUCUGCCGAGCACAUUGGGUUGGAGCAGAAACAAGAGAAAAUGAUGAAGGCCCUCACAGCAAGUUACAAUGAAAGAGGCUUCAAACACGAACAGGGUGAUGAUCAGAACCAACCAAUCGUUCCACUGUUGGUUGCUGAUACAUUUUUUGAUAAAGUGCUCGGGCAUGGUGUUGAUGGUGUUGACCUAACAGCUUUGAGUAAGGCAAAAGAAGAAAAGGAAUCAUUUGCUGAUUUAAGGACAAUUUUGAAUGAGAAUGAUGCUGUGCCAACCAGUGUUUCAACAUUCAAUAAUGGAAAAGAAUUACGCAAUUCUGGUCCAAAAUCAUCGCCAAGGUUCAAGCGUAAUUUCCCCAUGGCGAACAGAAUGCCCAAAAGAUCUCCUAUUUCUGGUGAAACUAGAUGCACGCCUGCUACAAGCACACCAGCACUGUCAGGGAUUAGAAGCAGUUCCGCCUGUGGUUUUGUUGGCAAAUUCAGAUUUAUGCUACCCAAAAACAAGACAAUAUUUGACAUAAACAUUGAUCACUUUGGAGAGAAAUUGUGGAGAAACCCUGGUGCAAACAUGUCAGACUUCUUUAACUACGGGUUAGACGAGAAACAAUGGAAGGAUUAUUGCAAAUUGAUGGCAAGUGACAUCCUUGUAAAACUUCUGCAUCAAGACAUAUGAAAGGAGGCAUAUAAUAGUUUGUUUUCUUUUUAUUUUUCUCCCUUCUCUAGCAAGCAAGAGCUCAAGUAGGAAGGUCCAGACAACGUAAAGUAACUGCAAAUGAAAGCAUACAGUCACACAAGGUAACAAUCUUUACUGGCCACAAAGAGGCAAGGAUAAGAAUAGAGGUCCCCCUCUUCUUCAGCUUGCAGCACCUUGCAACUUUCUUUAAUAUCCAUCUUAUAUUUACAUCCAUUAUCUUAUAAAGCAAACUGAAAAACUUGAAAAGAAAAGAGUCACAUUAUAUUUGUUUUCAGUUUUCUGCUUGUACCUUGAACUUCUUGUUGUCACAUCUGUUACAAAUUCCAGCCAGCCCCAACUGGACAAUAACCUGCUCAUGAACCAUGACUCAUUUCAUGUUUUCUGAUAAUGUUUGCAGCUCAUAUUAGAGCGAACAACAUUAUAUAAACCAGAAAUAUCUGCUUGUUGUUCCUUAGAAUCAGCAUCUUAUUUUAUGUUUAUUCUGCAUUGUGUUCUUCAGCAAUGGCUGAUUGGUGAAGUGAAAUCAAGCAGGGUAGUUGAUGAAAGGUUUAAGUUUCCAUUGCCAAAUCUGAAGAAUAUACCUGCAGAUAAAUCAAUGCAGAGAGAAAGAAACACAAUUCUUGCACAGGGUACAGCUGCUACGUAUUCAGAUUUAAAAAACAAAGGUCCAACUGGGAGAAGGAAGUGGACAAGCAGAUAGUUAUAUUUUUACUGGAAACAUGCUUCUGCUACCUUGAACUAUAUUUAUGCUUUACUUAGGGCAGUUGUAUCCUGUAUCUGGUUCAUAGCAUCCUGAUGGUGUUUGUGAAUUUUGCUGCACAUAGUGUGUGCAGUACCAGCAAUGAGCAAUCUGCAGCCUAUGGCAUCCAUGGAGCUUCUCUAUUGUUAUCCCAAUCUAGCGUAACUGAUGGAGUUUGCACUAGGAACAAAGAAAACUAUUCCAGCAUACUCCAUUAUAUAAACAGAGUGGUCAAGGCUGCAGUUCCAAUGCCCUCUGGGUAACAAGGACAUAGUUUUCCAGACUUAACAUGCUAUCCACAAUAAUGUCCAAUAAUGGUGCACUGAAAGCCAUGGAUAUAAUUUAUAAAGUUCAUGGAGAAACAUCAAAUUGACAUGUCUUUUCUGCAGUAUGAAGAAAGGGUACAAGCUGUUGUGUUCUACAGGCUACUGUAUAAAUGGAUGCAAACCAUGCAACAAAGAACAACAGAGGGAUAUACUUUCCAAAAACUUAUACUAAUCUACAAUUGCAUGGACACAAGAAGUUUAUGAUGUUUCUCCUAUUGAGUCAACAUUACCAGUUGUUGAUGAUGGGAUCCUCCAUAAGAAAUGAACAUAUGGUCCGCUCUCGGCAUCUACAAUUAAUUAUAGAUAUGUCUCUGACAUUUUAACUUAUCAUCACCUGCCUAAUAUACAGCAAGCCCAAACAUUCAUGUUUAGUCAAGCAUCUAAGUUGUGAAAACAAACACAUAUGGGCCCCA